AUCAUCGCAUCCGCCAAGGGAAAGCUUAACAGCCGAUCCCAAGUUUGAGACCUGUAUCAAGCAGUCUCGGCUUUCCUGGGGAAAAGAGGCUAGCACUGCCACAGGAGUCCAUUCUUGGCGUUUGGUGUAUCAGCAAAGUUUCCGAAGUUAAGCUUUUGGUUGAUCUAUUUUGAGAUCUGUUUUGGAGGGUGUAGCAAGAUUGAAAAUCAUGUAUAAGAAGACUGACUUGUUCUCACCAAACAAAUUUCUCGUCAUCCAAACUCAUCUCUCAUUUCAGACUAUUAAGAUUCGCUUGACGCGACAAUUUCUCUUCUCUUUUUCGGACUGGUGCCUUUUUACUAUCAAUAACUGCUGGGCAGCCUUUUUUCUUUAAUUGUUUGAACACAAUCAUUCGAUAAUACUCAAUAUGUAUUUCUCCAACAUCGUUAUCGGUGCUCUUGCAGCUCAGGCCCUGUCGGGUGACAGAAGGCCGACUCCAGCACUGGCUGGAAAGUUCGCGGCCUUGAUGGCUUCUGCAGCUCUACCAGUUUCCGGUGCGCCAGUGAUUGGCCUCAUCGAACCUCGAUCGCCCGAGAUCUUGGUGCUAGGUGGUGGUGGUCAGCAGAACCAGGGCCAACAGGAUGGCAACGACGAUGCUCAAGACGAACAAGACGAUCAGAACGAGCAGGACGAUCAGAACGAACAAGAUAACCAGAACGGCCAAGACGGACAAAAUGGCCAGGACGGGCAAGGCAGAGGUGGUAAUAACGGCAACGGCCAAGGCAACGGACAGGAUCAAGGCCAAGGUCAAGAUAACGGCCAGGGUCAAGAUAAUGGCCAAGAUCAAGGCAACGGUCAGGACCAAGGCAAUGGAGGAAACCAGGGCGACCAAGCCACUGCCACCGAGUCCCUUGCUACUGCUGUCGACACAGCCACCAAUGCCGCCACUGAUGUCGGUGCUAUCCAGAGCCGUAUCGCCAACGAGACCGUCGUCACCAGAUCUCUUGGUCCCGGCCAGCUUGACCCAGGCCAGACUGGUGCUGACACUGCUACCCAGGAUGGCGGUGCCGCUGCCACUGAGACUGCUGCAGCUACUGAGACAGGUGCUGCUGGCGAGACCGGAGCGGCCGGUGACACUGCUGCAGUCACUGAGGCCCCUGCUGCUACCGACACUGCUGCCGCUACUGAGAAUGCCCCUGCUACUGUUACCGUUACCGUUACCGCUGGUGGCAACAACGGCAACAACGGCAACAAUGGCAACAACGGCAACAAUGGUGACGGUAACGGCAACGGAAGGGGAAACAAGGAUAAGAACAACGGAAACAACAACAACGCUGACCAGAACAACGGCGGUGAUGCUGCCAACGAGGGUGAUGCUCAGAAUGGUGAUGGUGCCCAGAACGGAGGUAACGGCAAGGGUAACAACGAUGCUGGAAACAACAAUGGUAACGCAAACGACGGUGCUGCCAACGAUGGCGCUGCCAACGGUGACGCCAACGGUGAC